UUUUACCCCAAAUGAUAUAUGGAACAUGGAUGAAACUGGUGUGAACACAGUGCAGGCCCCAGAGAAGAUAAUAGCCACAAAAGGAAUACGCCAGAUUGGAGCAAUGACCUCUGGAGAAAGGGGUAAGCUAGUGACCGUUGCAGUGGCCAUUAAUGCCCUGGGGAAUUCGAUCCCUCCAUUUUUUGUUUUUCCCCGCAAACGAUUUUACUCUCACUUCAUCCAUGAAGGGCCACCUGCAUCAGCUGGAGCAGCAAAUGGGUCUGGUUGGAUACAGGCAGAGGAAUUUUUGCAGUUCCUCCUCCACUUUGCCAACCAUACGAAGCCCUCACUGGACUCCAACGUACUUCUCUUACUGGACAAUCACGUGUCCCACCUGUCUGUCCCAGCCAUGGAUUUCUGUAGGGAACGGGGCAUCGUUCUACUUACUUUUCCGCCACACUGCACUCAUAAGCUCUGUCCCCUGGACAGAACAGUUUUUCGCUCUUUCAAAGGGAGGGUCAACACGCACCUGGACCACUGGAUGAAAGCUCACCCUGGCCAGAACGCCACAAUAUACGACCUCCCUGGGAUUGUUGCAAAAGCGUUGCAACAUUCAGCAACGCCUGAGAACAUCAUGUCAGGUUUCAGGUGCACUGGCAUCUGGCCCUACAGCCCUGAUGUGUUUGGAGAAAAUGACUUUGCUCCUGCAUAUGCAACCGACAGACCAGAGCCAACUACAUCCUCUGCAGGUUCUGCCACACUCCACCAGGACUCCUCCGCUCUCCACCAGGGCUCCUCCGCUCUCCACCAGGGCUACUCCGCUCUCCACCAGGGCUCCUCCGUUCUUCACCAGUCCGCUCUCCCCCAGGGGUCCUCCGCUCUCCACCAGGGCACCAGUGUUUAUACAUACCUACAGAAACAGAGUGAAAAGAUGUCAAACACCCCACCCGCGGGGUAA